CAGUGGUUCGCUACUGAAGUGCCAAUUUUCACCGUUUUCAGAUCACAUACUUCUUCAUCGGGUGGUAGUAAUGGUGGCCAUAAUUCGAACAGUACAGGAAACAAUUCCUCUGGUGGUGGGAAUAAAGGAUUUCGACCUGAAGACGCUAUUCAAACGUUCGGAUCUAAGUUGUUGCCAUAUGAACAAAGUGAAAUUUUUAACUACGUCCGUGUUUUCUUUGUCGGUUCACAAGCCAAAAAACGAGGAGGUUUGAUUGGUGGUCCAAAUAAUUGCGGGUAUGAUGAUGAGAAUGGCAGCUACCAAUUGGUCGCUCACGAUCACAUUGCCUACCGAUACGAAAUUCUCAAGGUCAUAGGAAAAGGUUCUUUCGGCCAGGUAAUAAAAGCGUACGAUCAUAAAUAUCAGCAAUAUGUGGCACUGAAAUUAGUCCGGAAUGAAAAGCGCUUCCAUCGACAAGCUGACGAAGAGAUAAGAAUUUUGGAUCAUCUUCGUCGACAAGAUACGGAUGGCUCGCAUAACAUCAUCCAUAUGUUGGACUAUUUCAAUUUCCGGAAUCAUAAAUGCAUUACUUUUGAGCUGCUCAACAUCAAUCUUUAUGAACUCAUCAAGAAGAACAAAUUUCAAGGCUUCAGCCUCAUGUUAGUACGCAAGUUUGCCUAUUCGAUGUUGUUGUGUCUGGAUUUGUUACAACGGAAUCGGUUGAUUCAUUGCGACUUAAAACCAGAAAAUGUGCUUCUGAAGCAACAAGGUCGAAGCGGUAUAAAGGUCAUAGACUUUGGUUCUUCAUGUUUUGAUGAUCAACGUAUAUACACAUAUAUCCAAUCCAGGUUUUACAGAGCUCCUGAGGUGAUUCUUGGAUCGAAAUAUAGUAUGCCGAUUGAUAUGUGGUCUCUCGGUUGUAUUUUAGCUGAACUCUUGACAGGUUAUCCACUUCUCCCAGGAGAAGAUGAGAGCGACCAGCUUGCCUUAAUAAUAGAGCUCCUUGGAAUGCCACCUAAUAAGGUUUUGGAAAAUGCCAAGAGAGCAAGGACGUUUAUAUCAUCAAAAGGAUAUCCACGUUAUUGUACAGCGUCAGUUAUGCCUGAUGGUUCCGUGGUACUGAGCGGAGCUCGUAGUAAACGGGGAAAGAUGCGUGGACCACCAGGAAGCCGAAGUUGGAACACGGCCCUUAAGAAUAUGGGUGACGAUCUGUUUAUCGAUUUCAUGAAGCGAUGCCUUGACUGGGAUCCGGAGACACGUAUGACACCGGCACAGGCGCUGAAACACCAGUGGUUGCGCCGACGUCUUCCGUGUCCGCCACGACGUGACCAAACACCAGCCGAACCUGAAGGUGUGUACGGUUAUUCUGUUUUUCGAACUCGUAGUUCAGAGGUUGUUAUCAAACAUUUAUUCGCCUAA